UGGUAUUCCCAUUUGCUAGUGUGCUGUUGCGGCCACACGCCUGAUUGAUAUAUGCCUGCAAUGGCACUUUUCCAUUUGACACUCUCCCUCUCUCUCUCCCUCUCCCUCUCUCUCUCCCUCUCUCUCUCCCUCUCUCUCUCUCCCUCUCUCUCCCUGGGUCGCUUAAACAACAGUCCUAACUUUUGUGUGUUGCAAAUAUAAAAGGCAAGCCAUGUGACAGAGGGACAGAAGAACAAAAGCAUUUGGAAGUAACAGGACCUCUUUCUAGCUCUCAGAAAAGUCUGAGAAGAAAGGAGCCCUGCGUUUCCCCCAAGCUGUGCGGCAGAUACUGUGGCAAUUGGUUACAAGUGAAAGGAGCAACACAGAACUCCAGCAUACAAAGGACAAUGACAACCAGAAAGCGACAGCCCCAUCCUGCCCUGGCCUCGAAAGGAACUGGAUCCUAGGUGGUGACAGCAUUUCCAAUCUGUUGUCCUCUGUCUCCCUCUGCUGUUCUUCUGGAGAAGUUUCCCCUUACAACAAUGAGAAGUCAUGUACUAGCUGCAUCCAUUUCUAUGCUCUCCCUGCUGGCCAUAAUGGGAGAUACAGACACCAAAACAGACAGCUCCUUCCUGAUGGACUCUCAACGCUGCAUGAGACACCAUUAUGUCGAUUCUAUCAGUCACCCAUUGUACAAGUGUAGCUCAAAGAUGGUGCUCCUGGCCAGAUGUGAGGGGCACUGCAGCCAGGCAUCACGCUCUGAGCCAUUGGUGUCCUUCAGCACUGUCCUCAAGCAACCUUUCCGUUCAUCCUGUCACUGCUGUCGACCUCAGACCUCCAAGCUGAAGGCUUUGCGUCUGCGCUGCUCAGGGGGCAUGCGACUCACCGCCACUUACCGGUUACUUCCCCAUUGAGACAUGACCUUUGAGCAUGUGAACUUCCUACUACAAAAGGCCAAGUGUGUUGGCUCCAGAAGACAUGAAGAUGCUGAAGAAUUAGGUCAGAGAAGGAAGCAUAUCCUGCCACCGGUGUCCCCUUCCUGGUUCCAGAGUAAAAUGCAUCCUGGUGGACAGACACACAUGCUCCUUUUAGGAUUAGAACAGUGGAGCGCCUUGGGCUUUGGAAGAAUUUUGCAUGCAACCGUAUGGAAACACCUGAAGAAGAGCUUUUUGUUUAAUAAUGCCUGUGUCCAUACUACAAGCAGAUACCCAGCCAUACUUAGUGAAAGAGGGCAUUUCAUAAAAAGAUAACAUCACAUGACAAAAUGUCUAUGUUAGAGUCCCCUGUCUUUCUCUAAGUGACAUUACAUGAAUAAAAUGUUUAGUCUACUCUAUUGUAAGUAUACAAGAGCUCAGGUAUUUUCUUUUAUCCCAUGGCAAAUAUGAUUGCCAUGGAAUAUUCUUUUAUACUGUGUGAAUAUAGUCACUGUGGUUGGUUUAAUAAAGAAGCUGACUGGCCAAUAACUGAACAGAAUAAGGUUAGGGAAGAGAGCCAGACUAGGAGAAUACUGGGAGGAAGAAGGGCAGAGCUGGAGCUGCCAGCCAGAUGCAGAAUGAGCAGGAGAUGAACAUGCCAUGUUAAUAAAGGUACUGCCACAUGGCAGAGUGUAAAUAAGGAAUAUGGGUAAACUUAAAAUGUAAGAGCUAGUUAGUAACAGGCCUGAGCUAUUGGUCGAGCACUUAUCAUUAAUAUAAGCCUCAGUGUGUUUACUUGAGAGCAACUGCCUACAUAUGAUUUGAAAUUUCUUUCUAAGAUCAUUCUGUAUCCUCAAAUAUCAAUUUCAUCUUUCUAGGUGGGAAACAGAACAUUUGAAAUUGAAUAACUAUAGUAAACAUGGAAAUGCACUAGCUAGGUUAACCUUCAAAGAAAGGUUUGUCACCUCAUUUGUCAACUUCUCAGGGGCUUCCUCAUCUUCAGAGACACUUUACCUAAGGGUAUGCUCUUGGAAAGGAAUAAGUUUACAACCAAUACCUAACAAAGGCCUGGAUCUAGUCUCAUUUGGUGACUCAUAAUAUUCAAAUCAGUAUUUUGAGCUGAGUGUUGUGCCCCACACAUAAUCCCAGGACUUGGAAGAUUGAGGUGGGAGGAUUUUGAGUUGGAGGCUAAUAUGAACCACAUAACAAGUUCAAAGCUAGCCAGGGCUACGUAGCAAGACCUUGUCUAAAAAACACAGUCUUCUGGUAUCCUUUAAAUGCAAGAUUUAAAAGUGUGUGCCAAUACCUAUGUCAGCAAGAAUUCUAAAUGCUGGAGGUAUUGAGGUAAGAAAGUCACAGUCUUUCUAUUCUUUAAAAAGUUUAAAAUUAUAUGUAUGCAUAUGUGUCUGCGAAUGUGGGUGCAAUUGCCCAUAGGGACCAGAAGAAGAUAUCAGAUGCCCUGGAGCUGUAGUUACAGGGGAUUGUGAGCCACAAGAUAUGACUGCUGGGAACUGAACUGAAUCUCAGAAGUGUUCAUUCUAUUCAAAAUGAUCACCAGAAAUAAUAUGCUCAUCAUUACCCCAAAGUGUAGAUAAGGUGUCUGUGCAUGCAUAUGUGUUCUCAAAAUAAAUUUAAAGUGAGAAGUUCUAUCCUCAUAUGAGAGCUCACAAACCCUAUUUGUGGUUUCAAAUAACCAAUUUUUUAGAGAUGUAUUGUCUUCAGUAUUUUAUGUACUUUAAGUAUGUGUUCUCCCUUCCCCCUUAGUCCUGUUAUAUUCGAUUUCCCCUCCUUUUUGUUGGGGGCAUUUCCUUCUCUUUCCCUUAUUAGAAUCUACAACUACACUUCAUGACUCUUUAGACAGCCAUUGUUGGGAGAAACUAUGAAAAAGCAGGACCCCAGUAUAGACUCCAGUUUGAGCAAAAACAGAAAGCAUAUAGUCCACUGCUCAUUUCUAUAAGGUUUUAGAUCCUCUGUCUUUUGACCUUCUAACAUGUGCUGACAUCACUAUGCUGUCGAUUCUUUUGCAAGAAUCAAGAUGGACAAUUAAAUGAACACUUAAAUGAAUGUUACUGUCUUGGGAACCAAUAUAGUAUGAAUUUCUCUGCUUCUUUGUCCAUUCACCUCUCAGCUCAAAGUGGUCGUCAUUGAAUAUGAAGAGUGUAAAGGCCCAGCUUGCCUCUGAUCUGCUGUUAAUCACAUGGCCUAGAGCAAGUUCCUAGUCCUUGGUGUGUGUUGUCUUCCACAUCUUUAAGACAGAGAUGAAGAAAAUAUGAAUAAGUUUUCUGACAUUAUUCUGAGGAUUAAAGAUGCCAAUACAUCAUUGUAGGACCUAAAACCAUACUUGACACCCAGUGAACACUCCUGAAUAAACAUUAGCAAUGAUUACUAUUCA